AUGACUCAAGCAGUUUUCUCUUUUUCAGAUGCAAUAGAGGAUUCAGAUGAUGUGAGGAUUGUCCUGCUGGGAAAAACUGGAGUUGGGAAGAGUGCAACCGGAAACACCAUCUUAGGGAGAGAAGCAUUUAAAGAAGACAUGUCUCAAGAGUCAGUUACUAAAGAGUGUCAGAGAGAGACGGCUGAGAUUGAUGGCAGACUCAUUACUGUGAUUGACACUCCAGGACUGUUUGAUACUAAAGUUAGUCAUGAAGAGAUCCAGAGAGAAAUCAGCAACUGCAUCUCCAUGAUUCUGCCUGGACCACAUGUGUUUCUGUUACUGAUACCACUGGGACGAUUCACUCAGGAGGAGGAAAACACAGUGAAGAAAAUUCAGCAGACUUUUGGUGAAAACUCCCUGAUGUACACUAUUGUGCUCUUCACCAGAGGAGAUAAUCUGAAGAAGAAGACCAUUGAAGAGUAUCUGGAUAAACCUGGAUCUGCUUUGAUGAAGCUCAUCGGACAGUGUGGAAACAGAUAUCAUGUGUUCAAUAAUAAUGCGACUGGAGACCGUGUGCAGGUGUCUACAUUACUGCAGAAAAUCAACGACAUGGUGACAGCAAAUGGAGGGAGUUACUACUCAUGUAAGAUGUUCAGACAGAUGGAAAGAGAGAAACAAGAAGCACAAAUGAAGAAGCUAAUGGACAAAAUGGACGAACUGACGAGAGAGAGAGAAGAACUGCUGGCCAAACAUGCAGAAGAGAAAGAGAAAAUAAAGAUGAAGAUUGAGGAAGAAAGAAACAUUCAUGAUGCAGAGAAGAAGAGAAGAGAAGAAGAAUUUGAGAAAAGGAGGGAGAAAGAACAAAACAUGUGGGAUGAAUCUUAUCAGAGACUUAAAGAAGAGAGAGAUGAAAUCAAAAGAGAGAACGAGAGAAUAAAAACAGAGAAAGAAGAUCUUCAGGUCAAACAUGAAGUAGAAAUGGAAAAGAUGAAGAUGAUGAUGGAGGAAGAAAGACAGAAUCAUGACAUAGAGAGGAGGAAGAGAGAAGAAGAAAUCAGAGUGAAUGAAGAACAAUACAAAAGAGAAAUUAAAAUAGAACAAGAGAAAUGGGAGAAAAAGAUACAAGAGGAAAAACAGAGAGGAGAAGAAGAAUUUGAGAAAAGGAGGGAGAAAUAA